AAGAAAAAUAGAAAAAACAGAAAAAAAAAAGCACAAAAACCAGUGACCGUAGGGUAUUUUAGAGAGAGAGAGAGAGAUUAGAGAGAGAAAGCUAAAAGAGCUCGUGUACCGUGAGAGCAUCUCUUUUCUCUCUUCUUCUUCUUUCGUUAUUUCUUCUCCGCCUCCGAGGGUCUCACCGUUGAAUCGAUCGGCCGGCGGCGAUUGGCUAGGACGUUCUAGAACGCUGCAGGAACAUUCAUAACUCUCACUAAAGAAACGCGUUUCGAUGGAGUUGUACGGUCGCAACGCGGGAAGAAAUGGGUCGCAAUCGGGUCACCAACCCGAAUGGAGCUCCGGGGGACCCGAGACUGGUCUCGAAGAAUCGAUGUGGCAAUUGGGACUGGGCAGCGGCGAAGCAUAUCCGGAGCGACCUGGAGUUCCCGACUGUGCAUACUACAUGCGAACCGGGUUUUGUGGAUACGGAGCCAGGUGUCGUUACAAUCACCCUCGCAAUCGUGCCGCGGUUGAGGCCGCUGUUAGAGCUACAGGGGAGUACCCAGAACGGAUUGGGGAACCCCCAUGUCAGUUUUAUUUAAAGACCGGAACCUGUAAAUUUGGUGCAUCCUGCAAAUUCCACCACCCAAAAAAUGCAGGUGGAUCUAUGAGCAAUGUCCCACUGAAUAUAUACGGAUACCCAUUAAGACCAGGUGAGAAAGAAUGCUCCUACUAUUUGAAAACGGGGCAAUGCAAAUUUGGUAUAACCUGUAAAUUCCAUCAUCCUCAACCUGCUGGCACAUCAAUGCCGGCAUCUGCACCUCAGUUUUAUCCGCCGGUGCAGUCUCCAUCAGUUCCUAUGCCUGAACAAUAUGGGGGAGCAUCCACCAGCCUGAGAGUGGCAAGACCUCCACUUUUACCUGGUUCCUAUGUGCAAGGGGCUUAUGGUCCCAUGCUGGUUUCCCCAGGUGUUUUUUCAAUUCAGGGUUGGAGUCCUUAUUCGGCACCUGUGAGCCCUGUACCAUCCCCUGGUGCACAACCCACUGUUGGGGCAACUUCUCUUUAUGGAGUAACACAGCUUUCUUCUUCUACUCCUUCACUUGGUGGAGCAUAUCCAUCCUUACCUUCUUCUGCUGGCCCUUUAGGCAAUAGCCAGAGGGAACAAACUUUUCCAGAAAGACCUGGUGAACCUGAAUGUCAGUAUUACUUGAGAACCGGGGACUGUAAAUUUGGAUCGUCUUGUAGGUACCAUCAUCCUCGUGAUCGGAUUCCUCCUAGAACAAAUUGUGCACUCAGUCCAAUUGGUCUCCCUUUGCGCCCGGGGGUGCAAGCUUGUACUUUCUACUUGCAAAAUGGGCACUGUAAGUUUGGAAGUACAUGUAAAUUUGAUCAUCCCCUGGGAACAAUGAGGUACAGUCCAUCAGCAUCAUCUCUUGUUGACAUGCCCGUUGCUCCAUAUCCUGUUGGAUCUUUACUGGCUACCCUGGCCCCUUCAUCAACUUCCUCUGAACUCCGGCCUGAACUGAUUUCAGGGUCCAAAAAGGAUUCUUAUUUAAGCAGAAUUCCUUCGUCUGGAAGCACCUCCAGUAGUUCAAUGGGUUUGAUUUUCUCACAGACUGGGUCCGUCCCACUUUCCGAUUUACAAAUUUCAGGUCAGACCUCUGUUCCUUUAAGCAGUAGCAGAAACACAAGACAAGGUGGUGACAUACGUCAUUCAAGUUGAUAGAAAUGAAAAAAAUCCAACCAUUCUUCAUUACAUCAUGGAUGCAGUUUCACUCACCUUUUUAUGUUUUCUGUUCAUAGAUCUCAGUAAAUUGUAGUCAAUUGUGCAAAGGUUAGUCUCAUCAUCAAGGUUUGUCUACCUCUACCCAAAAAUAGGACUGAUAUAUGCUCAUAUUAUCUAUAUGGCCAUUGCAACUAUAUGAAUAAGCUUUUUUAGAAAGCACACUAUGGACUUUUCAACCCCUGGGAAUAAACAUUGCAGGAAGCCCACUUUGUGGGGUUAGGAUGAUUUCCCCUUAAAAACGUUGGAUAGUAUGUAUAAUUUUGUGUUUUGAUCAUUCAUGCCACGGAAAGUAGAGUCCUCUCCCACGUUCUCUUCAGCUGUACGUUCGUGGGUUUCGUCCCACCCCCCUGUGCAACUCAUUGUUCCUGUGUUUUGUUGUCUUGCUUUCGAGCAUGGGGACAAACUUCCAAUUUUGUAAAAUACGAACCUACGUGUCUGACAUCAGAGUUAGGAAAGUUCACAUUUGAAGGCUCCUCCUGGAAGGGAGUUCAUAUUGCUGCAGCAUUCUGAGAUGCCAAACGUCCGCUGUCAGUCUCGGCCGCCGGGCAGAUUGAGAAGAAGCCCAUUCUUUUUCUCUUGCUGUAUUGAUUUUCAUAUAUAGAUGAGAUUGUUGUUGAAACCUGAGAAGAGCUAUUUACGUUU